AUGUCCCUGCCCACUGUGCCCCUGCCCACUGUGCCCCUGCCCACCGUGUCCCUGCCCACCGUGCCCCUGCCCACCGUGUCCCUGCCCACCAUGCCCCUGCCCACCGUGCGCCUGCUCACUGUGCCCCUACACACUGUGCGUCUGCCCACUGUGCCCCUACCCACUAUGCCCCUACACACCGUGCCCCUACCCACUGUGCACCUGCCCACUGUGCCCCUACCCACUGUGCGCCUGCCCACUGUGCGCCUGCCCAUUGUGCCCCUACCCACUGUGCACCUGCCCACUGUGCCCCUACCCACUGUGCCCCUGCCCACUGUGCCCCUACCCACUGUGCACCUGCCCACUGUGCCCCUACCCACUGUGCACCUGCCCACUGUGCCCCUACCCACUGUGCACCUGCCCAUUGUGCCCCUACCCACUGUGCACCUGCCCACUGUGCACCUGCCCACUGUGCCCCUACCCACUGUGCACCUGCCCAUUGUGCCCCUACCCACUGUGCACCUGCCCACUGUGCACCUGCCCACUGUGCCCCUACCCACUGUGCACCUGCCCACUGUGCCCCUACCCACUGUGCCCCUGCCCACUGUGCCCAUGCCCACUGUGCCCCUGCCCACUGUGCCCCUGCCCACCAUGCCCCUGCCCACCAUGCCCCUGCCCACCGUGCCCCUGCCCACUGUGCCCCUGCCCACCGUGCCCCUGCCCACCGUGCCCCUGCCCACUGUGCCCCUUCCCACUGUGCCCCUGCCCACUAUGCCCCUGCCCACUGUGCCCCUGCCCACCGUGCCCCUGCCCACCGUGCCCCUGCCCACUGUGCCCCUUCCCACUGUGCCCCUGCCCACUAUGCCCCUGCCCACUGUGCCCCUGCCCACUGUGCCCCUGCCCACCGUGCCCCUGCCCACCGUGCCCCUGCCCACCGUGCCCCUGCCCACCGUGCCCCUGCCCACCGUGCCCCUGCCCACCGUGCCCUGCCCACUGUGCCCCUGCCCACUGUGCCCCUGCCCACCGUGCCCCUGCCCACCGUGCCCUGCCCACUGUGCCCCUGCCCACUGUGCCCCUGCCCACCGUGCCCUUCCCACUGUGCCCCUACCCACUGUGCCCCUGCCCACCGUGCCCCUGCCCACCGUGCCCCUGCCCACCGUGCCCCUGCCCACUGUGCCCCUGCCCACCGUGCCCUUCCCACUGUGCCCCUGCCCACUGUGCCCCUGCCCACCGUGCCCCUGCCCACCGUGCCCUGCCCACUGUGCCCCUGCCCACCGUGCCCCUGCCCACCGUGCCCUUCCCACUGUGCCCCUACCCACUGUGCCCCUGCCCACCGUGCCCCUGCCCACCGUGCCCCUGCCCACCGUGCCCCUGCCCACUGUGCACCUCCCUGUGCCCCUACCCACUGUGCCCCUGCCCACCGUGCCCCUGCCCACCGUGCCCCUGCCCACCGUGCCCCUGCCCACUGUGCACCUGCCCACUGUGCCCCUACCCACCGUGCCCCUGCCUACCAUGCCCCUGCCCACUGUGCCCCUGCCCACCGUGCCCCUGCCCACCGUGCCCCUGCCCACCGUGCCCAUGCCCACCAUGCCCCUGCCCACUGUGCCCCUGCCCACCGUGCCCCUGCCCACCGUGCCCCUGCCCACUGUGCCCCUGCCCACCGUGCCCCUGCCCACCGUGCCCCUGCCCACCGUGCCCCUGCCCACUGUGCCCCUGCCCACCGUGCCCUUCCCACUGUGCCCCUGCCCACUGUGCCCCUGCCCACCGUGCCCCUGCCCACCGUGCCCUGCCCACUGUGCCCCUGCCCACUGUGCCCCUGCCCACCGUGCCCUUCCCACUGUGCCCCUACCCACUGUGCCCCUGCCCACCGUGCCCCUGCCCACCGUGCCCCUGCCCACCGUGCCCCUGCCCACUGUGCACCUGCCCACUGUGCCCCUACCCACCGUGCCCCUGCCCACCAUGCCCCUGCCCACUGUGCCUCUGCCCACCGUGCCCCUGCCCACCGUGCCCCUGCCCACCGUGCCCAUGCCCACCAUGCCCCUGCCCACUGUGCCCCUGCCCACCGUGCCCCUGCCCACCGUGCCCCUGCCCACUGUGCCCCUGCCCACCGUGCCCCUGCCCACUGUGCCCCUGCCCACCGUGCCCCUGCCCACCGUGCCCCUGCCCACUGUGCCCCUGCCCACCGUGCCCCUGCCCACCGUGCCCCUGCCCACCGUGCCCCUGCCCACCGUGCCCCUGCCCACUGUGCCCCUGCCCACCGUGCCCCUGCCCACCGUGCCCCUGCCCACCGUGCCCUUCCUCCGAGUGUCGGAGACCUUGGCUGGCACUGUCUCCGCCUGA